GCAUGCGUAAGACUAGCAGAACACUUUUUAACAUAUAAUAUCUGAAAUUUAUGCAAAAUGUUCAUAAAAUAAUGUCGUGACACGUAUAAUUCCGUGCUGCUUCCGUUGAUUAGCUCGAAAGUGGACUCGAGUAACGUUUCCAUCUCUGAGAGAGGAAAAAAGAAGAGUUAAAAGGGUACACUCGCAGAUCCGCGGAAGCAACAUGUCCGCCCUCCGAUUGGCGUCCUCGCUGAUCUUUUGUUUACCAAGAAUUCUUGCGAGAGCGAAACCUUAAGAUGCCGGAGAAUUAACAACUCGAUAAUGACCAGUGCCGUGAAUAUACUAUCCCAUUGUCCCAACGAAUGAUGACGGAGCCGGAACUUUGCCGGCUGUGUGCCGAAACCAAAGAUACUUUCAUUGGGAUUUACGACGCCGAGGGCCAAAAGUUGGGGAUUGAGAGCAAAAUUGCUAAGUGUUUGCAAAUCCAGGUUGUUAUCACUGAUGGUUUACCGUUGUCGAUAUGCAUCGAUUGUUGCACCGUCUUAAAUCAAUGCAGUGAAUUCUAUGAGAAAACAAAUCAAGCGCAAGAUUCACUCCGCCAAUUAUUAAUAGACCCAAAGUCUGAACCGUCGCAAUUAGAGCCGAACCUAGACUAUGUGGAAAAAUCCAUAGAAUUUCCCAAAGAAGAAGUCACCGAGGGAAUUGUGAAUUGUCAUUUGCCUGAUAACUAUGUUAGCGAUUCGGUGAAUGAUAUUAGCGAUACUUACUUUAAUGAUGACAAUAAUGAAAGCGAUCCUGCCAAAUAUAAGAUAGAGGAAAUGCAGGAAGUUGUUAAAGAAAAGUCAUGUAAAACCUCGGAAAAGAAGAACUUGCCUAAGCAAACCAGAAGGAGACUGAAAAAGAAAACACAAGCACAAAAAAUGGAGGACUUGGAGUUGGACUUAACAUCUAAGUUGGAAGAAGAACAGGAUGACACGGAAAGUUUGAAAGUUAACAUAAAAAUUCCGGAGAAUUAUAUGACAGGUACCGAGUCAGACAUGAAAAUAAUAGAGGCUCGAGCUGCAGAACCUCCUAAACCUGGACGCAAGAGAGCAAAGGAUCUUGUUCGAUAUCCUUGGCUUUGUACCGAUUGCAAUGAUAAACUACCAAGUUUAGAAGCAUUAGAGGAACAUCAUGAAACAAUACAUAAUCAACAAGCAAAAUACAUGUGUGUUCAGUGUUGUAAAGUUUAUGAUAAGUACUAUGGAUUUCUUACACAUGUCAAACGGCAUAAAAACAAAUCAAAAUUCAAUUGUGAGGAUUGUGGAAAGUCCUUUGUUCACAAAAAGGUUUUAGAUUCACAUAAAAUCGUUCACAGUGAAGAGCGCCCACAUGUUUGUCAAACGUGUGGAAAAGCAUUUAGACAACAAAGUGCUUUGUAUAUACACAGUCGAUGUCAUUUACCAGAGACCAUGAAGAAUCGAUUUCCCUGUGAUCAAUGUGACAAAAGAUUUUCGACAAAACCUAAUCUAGUUACACAUAAACGUAUUCAUUCUGGCGUUAGAAAUUUUACCUGCGACCAAUGUGGUAAAAGUUUUAUACAGAAGGGAAAUUUGGAGGCUCAUUUCUUAACGCAUUCAGCUGAUAAGCCUUAUAGCUGUUCGCAAUGUUCGAAAGCAUUUAAGACACCAUUGCAAUUGAAAAAACAUGAAACAGUCCAUACGGGUGCUAAGCCACAUCAAUGUGCUGUAUGUGGACGCACAUUUAGAGAGAAGGGAACCUUGAGAGAACAUCAUAGAAUUCACACAGGAGCUAUGCCAUUUACGUGUGAAUUCUGUGGAAAGUGCUUCCGCUUCAAAGGAAUUUUAACAACACACAGGAGACAACAUACUGGUGAACGGCCAUACAGCUGCUUAGAGUGCCAGCAUCAUUUUACUAAUUGGCCGAAUUACAAUAAGCACAUGAAACGCAGACACGGAAUUAAUACAUCACAUACCAAACAUUUGCAACAAUCCCAACCGAUUCAGCAACAACAGCCACAGCCGAAUGCACAAGAAAGUCGUCCGGUUGCUGUAUCACAUACAACUCCAACAACGGUCCAAGUAAUCCAAACUGUGCCACAUGCAACAGUUGCCCAACCAAUUGUUGUGCAAACUAUUCCUACCACAGCUAUUCAAACUUUUCAGACGGACAUUCCAGUCACUGUUCAAGACACAGUGUUUCGAGAGCGAAACACUACAUACUUUAAUGCUGUCCCAGCUGCGUUGCAAAAUUUUUUACCCCCAAAUUUGCCAUAUAAUUUUUACAAUAUCUCAAACGUGACGGAGAAUGAUUUAAUUCAGCACAGAUAAGGUUAAGAGAGCAGUACUCUUUCAGAGACGAGUGAAAGGCGAAGGAUCGAAAGAUUGUUCAAAAGUGAACUUUUAUCUUCCAAAAACAGCUUUUGUGGAAAGGUAAAGAGUUGUGAUAAAUAACUUAUUAUUUGCUUUCAUUCCUAUUGUGUUUAAGCACCAAAUCGCAAUGUUCAAAUCAAAAUUGCUAUGUGGAUUACAUUACACUUUUUUUUUUCUUCAACACGUGAUUCAGUGGUUUAUUAGAAUUGAAAAGCUACAGAAACAUAAUCAUAAUGGAAUCAUGAGAUUUUAUAAUAACUUAUGUGGAAGGCGGCAUCGUCGACUGCACAUUUAUUCGAUCAUUUCAUAAAGCGAUAUUUAUGUAUUUACUCGAGCAUAUUACUAAAGUAAUUAUUUUUUUAAUCAAGUAUACAUUUACUAGGUAGACUUUAUCUCAUAUUUGCAUAUUAAUAAUCCGCAAUAUAAUUCACAAUGUAUCAUUUUUUUUUUUAAGCACUUGUAUUGUAUAUUUUACAAUGAAUGCGCGGAAAUAUUUUUCUUAGGUUUUACGGAUUUUUAAUUCUGUACGAGUUGUAUAUACUAAAGACAAAUUACGAUUAAAAUCAAAAUCUUUUAUAUGGCUAAUUGUCAUGUUGAAUAUCUGAAAUAGUUGAAGAUUUGUUAAAAAGAUUGCUAAGCAUCGAAUUAAAUUUAAGUAAAAAAUCAUUUGGGUUAUAUGAGUGACAAUAUGUGAUGAGUGUCGUAUUGAAAUAUACCAAAAGAUUGCGGCAACUGUGAACAAAAAGUGAACUUUUAGGUAGUAAGCGCAGUCUAAGCUUUAAGUUUUAACAAUUGGUUAGUAUUGAGAAUACGUGCUUAAUAAAACCAAUAGAAAAUUUGUUCAGAAAGUAUUACGUAUAUAGAUUAGGAUUAGAUUGCGGUUCAACACUGAUGAAAUGAGCUAAUAAUCUAUUAUUUUUAUGUUAUACAAACGUUUUUCCAGAGUUCAUUAUCCGUGCUGACUUAUUGGAGAACACGUUCACCGCCUAUGUUACAGUUUUACGUAUUUUAUUUUUUAUCAUCAGUUUGGCCGUAAUCUAUCGCACACAUCACUUUUUUUUUUAAAGUUAUACACCUGAAUCUGCCUGUCUAAACAUAUCUUAAGUUUAUUAUUUACGCAUUUUAAUGACUGAAUCAUUAUCAGAUAACUUCCAGAGCUUCGUUCACAUACUCCAUACGUUCGCUGACCUUAUUACCUAAUGUAAUUAUAUUUGACUACAGUACGAUAGAAAGUGUCUCUUAUUACACCGAUAAGUAUUGUCUUGGAAAAUAAAAGUUUGUAAACUCUA